GUGGUUUUCUUGUACAGUUACGAAAAUAUAUCGGUCUCUAGUGGCAACAUGGGUCCAACAGAGCUUCUCCAUAUGUCCGUCUUCUCCCAAAGUUUCUCUCCGUGUGGUCGAUUCCUUGCAGCGGGAAACAACUAUGGAGAGAUUGCGGUGUUCAGCCUGUCGGCUGCCCUGAGUCCUGAUGCUACAGACAUGAGCAAGAAACCCAUCCUUACUUUCACGGCUCACAAAGGUCCCGUUUUCUCUCUUCUAUCCACGGACACUCAUCUUCUGAGCGCCGGGAACGGAGAGAUAAGCGCCUGGAGCUGGGCGGAGCUCACCAAGAGGACCACCAAAGCUGCAUGGACACGGAGACCCAACUACAAAACCAGUCUUGAAAUCCCGGAGAUCAACGACAUGAUCAUUAAUCCAAAAGACAAUAGUUUGGUUGUUGGUGGAGGAGACAACGACAUUCAUAUUAUGGACCUGGAAAGCGGUGUCUUUAAGUCUGUGUUGCAGGGUCAUACUGAUUAUAUCCACUGUCUGGCAUUCAGAGAGAGGGAGGGGGAGAUUUUGUCUGGGGGGGAGGAUGGUGCUGUGCGGAUGUGGGACAGUCGGACGGGCCAGUCGGUGCACUGCAUUGAGGUGUUUAAUUACGAGGAAUGUGCCCGCCCACAGUUUGGGAAGUGGAUCAGCUGCCUCACGACUGACUCUGAUUGGAUGCUUUGUGGAGGAGGCCCAUCUCUCUCUCUCUGGCACCUCCGUUCCCUGUCUCCUACCUCCGUCUUCCCUCUCCCUGGCUGUCAACGGCAAGCUGCUUUCCACCAGGACCUGGUCUUGACUGUAGGGGGCAGCAGUCACGAGAUUGAUGUUUUUACCAACCUGUCCUACAGAGCAUUCUCCCUCUCAUUUUAGGAGUGGCUAUUGCAAACAUUCCAGUUUCAUACACACUCACACU